AUGGUGAACUUUAACUUGAAGCCAGUUUUACUCUGCACCUUCUGUUGGAUUUCUGUCUCAGCCUUUCAGUUUCACACUGUGGAGGUUCAGGCUGGUGAAGAAGUCACACUGCAGUGCUCCAACUUUAGCAGUCACAUUGGUCACAUAUUCUGGUUCAGAGUGACCAACGGACCCAAUGUUAGCGAGAUCUCGUCUAUGAUUAGGUCUGAAAGCAAUGUUUCUUUCUAUGAUGGAUUUCAAAAUAGCAAAUUCGACAUGACAUCCAACACCUCUGUGCUGUUUCUCAAGAUCAAGCAAGUGGAUUUAUCUGAUUCUGGACUUUAUUUCUGUGGACAGCGCAGCAGUGAAAAGUUAAUACUUUACAGUGCAACAAGUUUAAAGGUUCAAGGUAAGAUUAGUCCAUUGAACGUGAUCCUGGGCUCUUUAACUGUUUUCCUUCUACUGGUCAUAUUUGGUCUGCUUGUCAAAAUCAGGAAACUGUAUGCAGCUCAAGGUGAGAGACAGAAUCCACAGCACAGUGAGAGUGUGGACUCUGAUGCCAUGAACUAUGCAGCGCUGAGUUUCCAUCCCAAAGCAGCAAUUCGAAGGCCUGUAUCACAGAGGGAGCUGGGGACAAAUGUGGUGUACGCUGCUACAAGAUAG